AUAUAGCGCCAUCUUCUAAAAACAUUGCUAAAAUAAACGUACACACGCUGUUCGUCGUGUACGAUGGCAGCAGGGCCUAUUGCAGAAAGAAAUCAAGAUGCGACUGUCUAUGUUGGUGGAUUGGAUGAUAAAGUAACAGAAGCCAUACUAUGGGAGCUGUUUCUACAAGCAGGACCUGUGGUGAAUGUCCACAUGCCCAAGGACCGUGUAACACAGAGUCAUCAAGGAUAUGGUUUUGUGGAAUUCAUGGGAGAAGAAGAUGCAGAUUAUGCAAUAAAAAUUAUGAACAUGAUAAAAUUAUAUGGUAAACCUGUCCGGGUUAAUAAGGCCUCUGCACAUCAGAAGAACUUGGAUGUAGGAGCCAAUAUAUUUAUUGGUAACUUGGAUCCUGAAGUUGACGAGAAACUGUUAUAUGAUACAUUCAGUGCUUUUGGAGUCAUAUUACAAACACCUAAGAUCAUGAGAGAUCCCGAUUCAGGGAACUCCAAAGGAUAUGCCUUUAUUAACUUUGCCAGUUUUGAAGCAUCUGAUGCUGCCAUAGAAGCUAUGAAUGGACAAUAUUUGUGCAAUAGAGCUAUAACGAUCUCAUAUGCAUUUAAAAAAGAUUCAAAAGGAGAAAGACAUGGAUCUGCAGCAGAAAGACUACUGGCUGCCAAAAAUCCAUUAUCAUUAACAGACAGACCACAUCAGUUGUUUGCAGAUGCCCCACCCCCUCCACAACAACCCCCAGGUCCAGGACCUCCAUCAUCCAUGGCCCCUCCUCCACCUCCACCAAUGGGAGGAUUAAUGUCAUCAGGACAAGCAGGUCCUCCAACAUCGAUGUCAAAUGUUCCCCCUCCUCCAGUGCCACCCCCAUCAUCACAGCAUCUGCCACCACCACCUGUGCCACCCAUGGGAAUGCCACCAUUCCCACCAGGACAUCCAGGACAAAUGCCAUUUAUGCAUCCUCCAAUGCAGCGACCCCCUCCACCUUCAUCAAUGCCAGGAACAACUGGAGCACAGGUAUCACAUGAUCCACCCCCUCCACAUUAUUCACAACCAGGACCUCCAAGAUAUCCAGGUAUGUAUAACAACAGAAUUACCUGUACAACGGGAGCACAGGUAUCACAUGAUCCACCCCCUCCACAUUAUUCACAACCAGGACCCCCAAGAUAUCCAGGUAUGUAUAACAACAGAAUUACCUGUACAACGGGAGCACAGGUAUCACAUGAUCCACCCCCUCCACAUUAUUCACAACCAGGACCUCCAAGAUAUCCAGGUAUGUAUAACAACAGAAUUACCUGUACAACGGGAGCACAGGUAUCACAUGAUCCACCCCCUCCACAUUAUUCACAACCAGGACCCCCAAGAUAUCCAGGUAUGUAUAACAACAGAAUUACCUGUACAACGGGAGCACAGGUAUCACAUGAUCCACCCCCUCCACAUUAUUCACAACCAGGACCCCCAAGAUAUCCAGGACCUCCCCCUCCAGGAUGGAAUAACCAGCAGCGACCACCAUACCCAGGACAAGGAGGACCACCACCCCCUCCUCCACCAGGGAUGAGACCCCCUCCACCUCCUGGAUGGAACGGUCCACCACCACCAGGAAUGAGACCACCACCCUUCCCUGGUGGAAGACCCCCACCCCCAGGGAUGAGAGGACCUCCUCCACCAGGCAUGGGAGGUCCACCAAGAGGUCCACCAGGGCCUGGACCUCGUGGACCACCACCACCCAGAGGUAUGAGAGGUCCGCCACCACCUGGUAUGAGGGGACCACCACCACCGCCAAGGAACUGAAGUUUCAGAUAGAACAUGUUGUGAUGAAGUGAUCUGGUUGAUAUAGGAUUGGAUUAUGACAUUGUGGACAAUAUGUAGUUAUUAUUGUAAAAUCUGGGUAUAGCGGGACAAUAUUGACCAGUGUCGACUGUCGAAAAAAACAAUUUCUCUGAAAACCCAUCAAAUUGAAAGACUGAACUAUUGUCAGUUAUAUCAGUAUGAAAAGCUUGAACAAAUAUAUUCAAAUAUCCUGAAGAUACGUAGAGAUUAAACAUUCAGAACUUUUGCCAAAAAUUUAAGAUAAAUUGCUUCUGUUUUAAUCAUGUGACCAUUUUAUUUUUAAUUUAAUGGAAAUAUCUGAAAAAGCUGAUUAAUGUUGUUUGUUAUUUUUCACUCUGGGCUGCCCUCAAACAUUUAGAUCUUGAAAAAAAGAUUGGAAAAGGGUCAUAUAAAAAAACACCUUUUUUUAGUAUGUUACAUUAUGUUUAGGUAAAGCAGUCUUGGAAUCAUGUCAUCACAUUCAAACACCAUGUCAUAAAUGUUAUGUUUAUUAAUAAAAUGUAAAUAUUGACAA